GAUCCAGAUUAUGAGUUCCCGGAGGAGAGGCAACUCUACCUGCGCUGUCCAACCGAUCUUGCUUCACUUGAGUCUGAUUGCGGAAAUGAUGUCGCUUGCCUUUACGACUCUGUCAUGCUACAGGCUCGCUUGCUUGGUGACGAAGCACGGAUGUCCUACAAUUACUAUCUUAGUCAACGGAUUGAGGGAGCUGCUCGAUACAAUUCAUGCGGUGCGAUGAACAUCGAGUAUCCCGAGUAUUUGAUCAAGGGACCAUCGAGCGGUGAACCGGCCUAUUUGGAAGGAGAUAAACUGUCGUUUAGCUGCUUUCAAACGCAUAUCAUAAAAGGCGAUACCGAAUUCCAAUGUCAGAAAGUUCGAAAUGAGUACGACAACUCUUGGAGAAUGCAGUGGACCCAAGGUGGACAGCCCUGGUGCAGACACAGGUUGCUAUUUAUGCUUUCCUUGAACUCAUGCUAA